GAAAUCAUGGUUAUACCUCGUUUAUCUGAACGCUUAACAUGUAUGAUCUUCAGACGUCGAUUCGAGAUUGAAGCAGAAGAAUUACUUCCAGAUAUUAGUAUACUACGUGAUGCUCAUAUGGAAUUAAAAAAUUCAGAAAAAUUUAAGAAAUUACUCAAGACUGUAUUAGCUAUUGGUAAUUAUUUAAACGGGUCCAGUUUUCGAGGGAAUGCUUAUGGUUUCCAAUUAAACGCACUUUUGAAUAUGGGAGACACAAAAGCAGCCGAAAACAAUACUAAAGGGGCUGCGACUUUACUUCAUUAUUUGGCUGUUACACUUGAAGAGAAUCAAAAAGAAUUGGUCAACUUUAUGGAUGAAUUACCACAUCUGGAACCAGCUGCCAGAGUAUCAGUUGUAACUGUUAUGGCUUCAGUUAAUAACUGGGCGACUGGGGUUUCACAUAUUAGAGAAGAAAUACAUGCACUUGAUAAAAUCAAAAUAUUACCAAACAAUGAUCGAUUUGUUGAAGAAUUUGUGGAAUUCAUCGAACCAACAGUUACAAAAAUACGAGACAUGGCAAAAAAAUUGGAUAAUGAAUUAAAACAGCUAUUACUUUAUUAUGGUGAAGAUCCGUCGUCCACUAAACCCGAAGAUUUCUUCAAACUUAUUGUAUCUUUUGCUUCAUAUUUUGCUAAAGCGAGAAAAGAAAACGAAGAAUUACAGAAAAAAGCUGAAAAAGAAAGAGAAAGGGAGAGAAAUCGAUUGGUUAACCGACGUCCAUCAGAUACUUCGAGUGUUAGCAGCUCUAUUGCUGGAAAAGGUGAGUUUGAUGAUGCUAUUCGAGAAUUAAGAUCAGGUCUUCGAAGAGGUCGUGGUCGACCUGUCUCGAAAGUAUUUAUGGAUGCACAAGCAGAAGAACCAUCAACAGAAAAUUUCUGA